AUGCCGCACAGCCUCUACCUAGGGUCAGGAAUAGUUCAGCCACGUCUGCGAGAGUAUGAUGCGAAAAGCAAACUCUUGCCGCCAGAACUACUGUCAGCGUCUUCUUCCGUCAGCGAAGGAGUCGACAAGGAUAAAUUGCACUACAUUCCGUCCAUCCGCGCGAUCAGACACUCGCUGAAAAUCUCUAUUGCCGAACUGACGGUCUCCUUGUUUUCCUUCGCCCUCUUUGUCAAUUCAGCAAUUCUUAUUGUUGCAGGUGCAUCCUUAUACAAAAAUAAGGAUGCUCUAGAGGCAGACAUAUUUGGAAUUCACGCGCUUUUGUCAAAAUCCAUUUCUCCUGCAGUGGGCACAAUUUUUGCUCUGGCAUUGCUGCUUUCUGGAAUCUCUGCCGGAGUUAUUUGUACCAUUGCUGGCCAAAUGGUGAGCGAGGGUGCCUUGAAUUGGAAGCUUCGGCCCUGGCUACGACGUUUGGUAACUCGAAGCAUCAGCAUCGUCCCAAGCAUCGUAAUAGCAGCAGCUGUGGGGCGUCAGGGACUGAACGCAACAUUGAACGCAUCCCAAGUAGUAUUGAGUAUUGUCCUGCCAUUUAUUACGGCACCCCUGAUCUACUUUACUUGUCUCAACAAGUAUAUGACCGUUCAGCCCGGGAGUGCACGUUGUCUUGCACGCAAUGAAGACAUAUUCCGGAAUAACCGUCUGGUCGUUGGGGCUGCAGACCAGGGUGAAAGCAUUAUUAAAAUGGCAAACUCAUGGUACAUAGCUGUCAUCGCUGGGAUGGUGUGGCUUUUUAUCACCGUGAUGAACGUCGCUAAUCUGGUGCUCCUUGGGCAGGGGGCAUGA